AAGCUUUUAAGCCUGUAGGACAAAAGGGGCCCGAGUCUCACCUCUGAGUUGCAAUCAAGCAACAGCAUUUCCCGCCUAACAGCAGAGGACAGGAGUCCUGGGACGAGCAGAGCGGUGUGGCACUCGCUGCAGACGCAGGAUACACAUUGUGGAAACAGGAUGAAGUUGACCAGUGAAAAGUUGCCCAAGAACCCGUUUUAUACCUCUCAGGAUGCUGCUAAGAACCAAAAAUUUGUCCAGCGGAUAAAGGAAAAAAAUGAUCAUUACUACCAUGCUAAUUUAACGGAUAAAGCAUUGCAGAUCUUGAAGGAAAGAAUAAGAAAAGGGGAUGCUAUGGCAUAUUUCCUACGAGGUCAACUGUAUUUCGAAGAGGGAUGGUAUGAAGAAGCAUUAGAACAGUUUGAAGAAAUCAAGGAAAAGGAUCAUCAAGCAACUUACCAGCUAGGAGUAAUGUAUUAUGAUGGACUGGGGACAGCUGCAAAUGCUGAAAAAGGAGUGGAAUAUAUGAAGAAAAUUAUUGAUUCUCCAUGUCCCAAAGCAAGACACUUAAAAUUUGCAGCUGCUUACAACCUUGGAAGAGCUCAUUACGAAGGAAAAGGUGCUAAACGAUCCUAUGAGGAAGCUGAAAGAUUGUGGCUUUUUGCUGCAGACGAUGGAAAUCCAAAAGCUAGUGUGAAGGCUCAAAGUAUCCUAGGAUUGUAUUAUUCAACAAAAGAGCCCAAAGAGUUAGAAAAGGCAUUUUAUUGGCAUUCGGAAGCCUGUGGCAAUGGAAAUCUGGAGUCCCAGGGUGCACUGGGGCUCAUGUACUUUUAUGGACAAGGCAUCCGCCAGGACACUGAAGCUGCCCUGCACUGCCUAAGGGAGGCGGCGGAACGUGGCAAUGUCUAUGCUCAGGGGCAUCUCGUGGAGUAUUACUACAAGAUGAAAUUUUUUACGAAGUGUGUUGCAUUUUCCAAAAGGAUUGCUGACUACGAUGAGGUUCAUGACAUCUCCACGAUAGCCCAGGUCACGGGCUGUCUCCCCGAGUUCAUCAGCAGAGGCAUGGCCAUGGCGUCUUUCUACUACGCACGAUGCCUUCAGCUCGGUUUGGGGAUCACAAAGGAUGAAGCAACAGCACAACACUAUUAUUCUCAAGCUUGUCGUCUGAAUCCUGCAUUGGCGGAUGAACUUCACGCUUUACUUAUUCAUCAAAGAAUUUAGACCAUGGUGCAUUUCAACAGAGAUCAUCAAUCCUAACACAUUAAAAUGUGUGUAUUUUUAUAAUAGCUAUGUUUGGUUAUUUUCUGCAUCCCAAGUUACAUUAUCCUGGUUAUUUUA